AUGUCAAAAGUUCCAAGAAGCUUCAGGCUCCUCGAGGAGCUGGAGAAGGGCGAGAAGGGCAUGGGCCCGGAGUCGUGCAGCUACGGGCUCGCGGACGGCGACGACAUCUCGAUGACGCACUGGAACGGCACGAUCUUGGGGCCGCCGCACAGCAGCCACGAGAACCGCAUCUACUCGGUGGUGAUCGAGUGCGGCGCGGAGUACCCGGACCGGCCGCCCAAGGUGCGGUUCAUCUCGCGGAUCAACCUUCCAUGCGUGGACCCUUCGACGGGCGAGGUGCGGCCCGAGGCCUUCCACGCGCUCCGCGACUGGAAGCGCUCAAGCAACAUGGAGACGCUGCUCCAGGACUUGCGCAAGGAGAUGGCGUCGUCGGCGAACAAGAAGCUCCCGCAGCCGCCGGAGGGGAGCACCUUCUAG